CCCACCGUGCACUGUAAAGUGCGAAGAAAGAUGCUGGCUUACCCUGGUUUGUUCGGCAGCAGAACGCUGAGUCCCAAGAUGCUGUCACCUGAUCUGAAGAUAAAGACAAAGAGAACAAAACAGUUGUUACUGCAUGGAAGAGAGUUUAAUGCAGACAGGUAACCAUAACCUGAACAGAGGACUUAAACAGCAGCCCACUUGACACCACAGAACCCACAGCCGCCAAAGAGAAAAGCCUUUGGCUCAAUGACAACUUGCACGGCUACACUGGAAGGGCUAAAUCAGGGAAAUUUGCUGAAGAAGUGAAAAUGCACCACGGACAGAGAUGACAUCUGUAUCCUUCAGCUGUGUGUGUGCGUGCGGCGCGUGUCUAGAAGAUCGAUCACCAGCGUGUGUGAAAGUUUCCCUGGGUGUUGGGGUAUCGGAGAUGAACCCCACAGUACUGGAGCCGGCGGGAGCUCUGAGGCUCUGCGAGGAGAGCUGUGCUGAGUAAAGGACGCUGGGAACGGAGCUCCUGCAGAGGUCCAGAGGCGAGGCGGGUGGUGAAAGGGGCCAUUCAUCAACUCUUCUUUUACCCUCCUGCUGAUGUCUGGCAACUGCAAGUGAGACAUACAAAAGGGGCUGGAAAAUGCAUGUGAACUCCCCAGGAAAACACAAUGAUCGGAAAGUAGGCAAAAAGACGGAUGAGAACAAUGAACAGAGAAGGUUGGAUUUUGGACAGAUUGAAAGGAGUGUAAAUGACAGUGGGAGAUAUUAUGCACAUGUGGUGUUGGUGGUAUGGAGAACACGCCUCCCUGAACCUACUGUAUCGAUAGCUGAUGUGAAAAGUCAGAACAGGUUUUAGGACCUGCGGCUCUUCGCGUCACAGAGGAGGCACUGAGUAGUGGACUUCUGGCUUGAACUACCAGAGCAAUCAAUUUCUCAACAGCGGGAGCUGCUUCGGACUGGGUGUCAAAAGCUAUUUCAAAUUCUGGUGACUCGGGAUUAAGCGUCGGAAUAAAAGUGGAAUACCGGAGCAAAAAGAUAUUAAGGCACCAUCUGAUCAACCACUUUCUCAAGUGAUAUAAAGUAAAGAGGAGGAGAAAAGAGGGGGGGCUGGAAGCAGAAGAUGCCACGCUGGUCAAUACAUGUACCAUGAGGAGCAGAUGAGAUCUAUGCUAAAGCCAUACAGGUCCAAACACUUCACCUGGAAACAUUUCACAGGUCACGUUGAGCCCAUGCGGUGGUCCAUGCUAGCCCUGCUGCUCCUGUCCUGCAGCGAGAUGUUUGCCCAGCGCCCAGGUGACGUCUGCCCGCAGAACGCCAACCCCGAUGUCACGUCCAAUCCUGCGCCAACCGUGGAUCCCAAACUGUUCAACAAGAGACGGUAUCGGUCGCCUCGCGUGCUUUUCAGUGAACUACCGCCUGACUCCGAUCCGAAGAACAGAGCCAAGAGAAAAGCGGGCCAACCUCAACACCGUGGAGUUUACUCCGUCUGUGAGAGCGUCAGCCUCUGGGUGGGCAAUAAAACCAAAGCUACAGACAUUUCUGGCAACGAGGUCACGGUAUUGCCCGACGUAAACAUUAACAACGUCAAUAAAAAGCAGUACUUUUUCGAGACGACGUGCAGCAGCGGGCGGGGUGCAGGUUCCGGGUGUUUGGGAAUCGACGCGCGCCAUUGGAACUCGUAUUGUACCAAUUCACACACGUUCGUGCGGGCGCUGACUUCGUUUAAGAACCUGGUGGCCUGGAGACUAAUUCGGAUAAACGUGGCUUGCGUGUGCGUUCUCAGUCGGAAAUCGUGGAGGCAAUGACAGUCUGUUGCUUUGCAACGUGUUUGAUAUCAAAGCCGUCCACGUGACAUCGGAAUGAUGUUGAACAUUUUCCACGUGCAUGCCGUUAAUGAAAACCAGGACAUAAAACAGACCAUCUGCUGGGAUAUAAUGUGCUCCUUAUUGGAAUCUACAGUGGAAUGUAGGAUUUGAACUUCAGUGUUGACGAUUCAUUUGUAUGAUUUUUGUCUUUUGGGAUAUCCGUAUUUACCCCUACAGCAGUAUGACAACUGAGGUGGUACCACAUGUAAAUACGUUGUUGUUUGUUGUAAUUGUUAUUUAUUAAACAGCUGCAUUAUUGUUUCGUUUUUUUUUGUAAGCUCUUCAACUGUAGCUUUACACACGUACAACCUCAUUGAUAUCAAAGGAAACCGAACCUUCAGUCAUUUUUAAUAGAACAAACUUGGGGUGAAUAAAAUUAAGUUUUAUAAACA